AUGAUCACCAGGAACGAUGCCGAGAAAUGGUUGGUCGAACAGUUCGAGAACUGCGGUAAUAAAAAGGAACUCAUCUCAAAGAUACUCGAAAAUAUAUCACUGACUAACUUGUGGGUGUCUCAGAUGGAUUUGCAACUGCUCCUGAAGCAGGUGCAAGUAUCACAUAACCAGGAAUAUGUUCACCUCGUUGACGUCAUUGCUAAGGCUUGUAUGGACACGUUUCAGUCUCAGGACUUAGUGCAAGAUCUGCAAGUCGGCGUUGAAACGGAGAUAUCUGAUCAGUUCUCUAUGAAGUUCAGUGAAAUUUCGCCAUGUUGGCUGAUUGCCCCGCUCAUUUCGAGGCUUCCUUCUUCUGUUCAAGGUAGGGUACUGAAAGCGGCUGCAACUGUGUUAGAAACUAGUCAGUGUGCCAGUCGCGAAAGGAGCACUAGCUAUCAGAGGUAUGCGGUUUUGCUUGGUUUCUCACUUCCUUACGAAUGUUUUAGCUGCUUGUUGACCCAGCAGCCGUUUCUCUCCUUGGUGCUGACCUGUCUGAGUGGUCAGGAUGACCAGCGAGAAAACCUUCUUAGUUCUCUCUUGAAACAGAUACAGGAAUACAUUGCACAGGUGAAAGAGGUCGGCGGCAUGUUCGACACCGUCUGCAAGACUAGCUCAUUGGAAAAUUGGGCGCUACUUUUGCUACAGGUUCUGCUGUACGGCAUAGCGUCCGAGGAGUCAGACAGGCAAGUGGAAGCGUCGAUGAUUUGA